AAGCGUCCUAAGCGCAUGUCACAUCCGGUCUGAACAGCCGGCAGGAUUGAAGGAAGAAUCUGGAGUAGGCAGUAGUGUCGUUUAUUUUAAAACACUUUAAGAGUGUGUAAUACAUCAUUAUAAUAUAACACACUUGAUUUUGCAGUCACAAUGACUUUCGAUGUGCGGAGGUUCGAUAUCUACAGGAAAGUGCCCAAGGAUCUCACCCAGCCCACAUAUACCGGAGCUUUCAUUUCAAUAUGCUGCUGCGUCUUCAUGUUGUUCCUCUUUCUCUCAGAACUGACAGGAUUCAUCGCUACAGAAAUAGUAAAUGAACUGUAUGUGGAUGACCCCGAUAAGGACAGUGGGGGGAAGAUAGAUGUGAGUUUAAACAUCAGUUUGCCAAACUUACACUGUGAUUUGGUGGGUUUGGACAUCCAGGAUGAGAUGGGGCGGCAUGAAGUGGGCCACAUAGAGAAUUCAAUGAAGGUGCCUCUUAACAACGGCCACGGAUGCCGCUUCGAAGGGGAGUUCAGUAUUAAUAAAGUUCCAGGAAACUUUCAUGUGUCGACACACAGUGCGACCGCUCAGCCCACGAGCCCUGAUAUGACCCACGUCAUCCACAAACUGGCGUUUGGGGAGAAACUUCAGGUACAGCAUGUCCACGGGGCGUUUAAUGCGUUAGGUGGAGCCAACAGACUUCAGUCCAAUGCUUUAGCGUCUCACGAUUACAUUCUGAAGAUCGUCCCUACAGUUUACGAGGAUCUGGGAGGGAAGCAGAGGUUUUCCUACCAGUACACCGUGGCAAACAAGGAGUAUGUGGCGUACAGCCAUACGGGCCGCAUCAUCCCGGCCAUCUGGUUUCGCUAUGACCUGAGUCCAAUCACAGUCAAAUACACCGAGAGGAGACAGCCUUUCUACCGCUUCGUCACCACUAUUUGCGCUAUCAUCGGCGGGACGUUCACAGUGGCCGGCAUCAUCGACUCCUGCAUAUUCACAGCCUCUGAAGCCUGGAAGAAAAUCCAGAUCGGGAAAAUGUCAUGAGCUGUGCUCACAUCCAUCAAUCACGUCUUUUAUUUAAGCCAGCCAAACUUCUGCUCACACUAGCCACAACUGGAAGACUCUUAUCUUCAUUUCUCAUUCAGAUUCAGACUGCUUUUCAUCUCCAAACGAUACAGUCAACGACAGUGAUUUCAUUUUGGGUUUGUAGGUGUUUUCCUUGUUUCACUGCCAUAUUGAAUUCACUAACUCAGCCGUGUGUUGAUGAAGCUGUGCGGAAAGAACCUGUGUUUCGCCAGGGUUUCCUCAUUCGCAGACGUGAGUGUGUAGUGUUAUAUAAGAGGUAUAGUGUCACUUUGAUCUGUUCUAGUGAUUAAACAGAACACUAAAAGAAUUGAGCUGAUCGUAGGGACUGCUUGACGUGAUCAGGCCAUUAAAAUUUACAUUUAAAUAUACAUAAAUGGCCAAAAACUUAUAAAACAUUGGUGCAUUGUGUGAUGUAUUUUCAUGACAAUUAAAGCCAUUUUCCCCGGUUCUUAUUACAUCAUACAGUUAGUCAUAUGUUAUUUAUGUUUUGUUUACACUUCAUGGUAGUGUUUAUUGCCUUUAAUAUGUGCAGAUUUAAAUAAUCGUACUGCAUUACUCUAAUAAGAAUCAUAAUGAAGAAUGAUGGGAAUAACUAUCCAGAUGAAUUUGGGGUUAUAUAUAUUUUAUUAUCAUGAAAAUGCAUUGAAAAUGAUUUUAAUGUUCUUGAAAUUGGAUUGUUUAUCUUUAUUCGGGAGCUUGACGUAUUUCAUUAGAUGAACCUGUACAUGUUUAAAGCAGUUUUGAUUUGGUGUGUGAUCUCAGAUCGUCUUUGGUGAUCUUGAACUCUUGAUUGUAGGCCUGUAUUUGAGUUUCUUAAAGUGUUUGUUUGAAGGGAAAUUAUGAAUGUUUUUACUAAAGACUCUUGAAGGAAUGUUUUUUUAAGUUUAUGUCGGUCUGUAAAGGACUCUGUGGCUUAAUGAUACUUUUAUUUCCUCAGUAUAUAAGGUUUAAUGUUUAACCUUUUAUUGUUUUGGAGAUUACGCUGGAAACGUGUUGUUUACGUCUUGUCAAGCGUUCCCUGCUUUAAAGAGCGUGAAAGGUUUCCUGUCACUGUUAUUCUGGUUGAACCGGUUACACUGGCCGCUCAAAACAAAAGUAAGUGUGGUUUCAGAUAUGUGAUGCGCUGUUGACAAGUCAACCAACAGAAGUGUAUUUUCAGUUCCCUCAGUGAGAACAAAAACCACAAACAGCUUCUUUUUUAAAACCUGUUUUAAUCAAACAAGCCCUGUUGAGUUGCCAUGUUAGCAGAUAUUUAGCCCAACUUGAUCAUCUUCUGGGCCACUCCACUGUUUACCAUGAUGGUUAGAUUAAACCACAGCAACAGCCAGUUUCUUUGUUGUUUGUGUUUGUAUGUCUUUUCAAAAUUUGGGUUAGUGUUUUUUUUUCUUCAUGAUUUUAAUAAAGGUUUACCAUAAUGUUGAAAAAGAAUCAAAAUAAACAUUAUGGGGCCAUGUAACAAGA